AUAACGACUGCUUUUGAUAGCAUUAUGUGGCUGUUUCUUUCCCUACUUCCGCUGUUUUUCUUACUUCCGCUGCAGUUUCUACUUCCGGUCAGUUGCAGCCUGCAGUUGUAUCGCGUCCCAUUGCGUCGCUUUCCCUCUGCCCGUCAUCGUUUCGAGAAGUUGGGCAUCCGGAUGGAUAGACUGCGCUUGAAGUAUGCCGAGGAGGUUAGCCACUUUCGAGGAGUAUGGAAUUCUGAGGUAAAGUCCGCGCCGUUGAGCAAUUACCUGGAUGCCCAGUACUUUGGACCUAUUACGAUAGGUACUCCUCCGCAAAGCUUCCAGGUGAUCUUCGACACAGGUUCCUCGAAUCUCUGGGUGCCAUCCGCAACCUGUGCCCCUACAAUGCUAGCCUGCAAGGUACACAAUCGGUACUUUGCCAAGAGAUCGACCAGUCACCAGGUGAAAGGAGACCGCUUUGCCAUCCACUACGGCAGUGGAAGUCUGUCGGGAUUCCUCUCAACGGAUACCGUUCGAGUGGCUGGGUUGGAUAUUCGGGAUCAGACCUUUGCGGAGGCCACUGAAAUGCCGGGUCCGAUCUUCCUGGCUGCCAAAUUCGAUGGCAUCUUUGGACUGGCCUAUCGUAGCAUCUCGAUGCAGCACAUCAAACCACCUUUCUAUGCCAUGAUGGAGCAGGGACUGCUGGCCAAGCCCGUAUUUAGUGUUUACCUGAGCAGGAAUGGCAAGGAGGGUGGAGCGAUAUUCUUUGGUGGUUCCAAUCCUAGCUACUAUAAAGGCAACUUUACCUAUGUCAAGGUCAGUCAUCGAGCUUACUGGCAGGUGAAAAUGGAGUCUGCCAGUAUCAGGAAUCUAGAGCUGUGUCAGCGGGGGUGUGAAGUGAUUAUCGACACGGGCACCUCUUUCUUGGCUUUACCCUAUGAUCAGGCCAUACUCAUCAAUGAGUCCAUAGGGGGAACUCCAUCGUCGUUUGGACAAUUUCUAGUACCCUGCGAUAGUGUUUCUAAUUUACCAAGAAUAACCUUCGCCUUGGGAGGUCGAAAGUUUUUCCUGGAGGGUCACGAGUAUGUCUUUCGGGAUAUCCACAAGAAUCGAAAGAUCUGCUCAUCUGCUUUCAUUGCCGUGGAUCUACCUUCACCCAAGGGUCCCCUUUGGAUUCUGGGCGAUGUCUUUCUGGGCAAAUACUAUACAGAGUUCGACAUGGAAAAGCAUCGCAUUGGUUUCGCUGAUGCCAAGAGCUGAGGCCAUGUAUGCUGUUUAAUGUGAUUC